AUGAGCAACAGAUGGAAUAUACUUAUCGAAUCAGUUCCGGAUUAUGACAAUUCAAGGAAUGGUCAACCAAAUGAAGGUCAAAAAGUGAUGUCCAUACCUAAUAGGAGUUUUUAUGAUGAUAAUCAGCCAUCUGGUACUAUCUAUCCAGUUCAAAAUAGACCAGUUCUUCAAUCUUUUAAUCAAUCACCUUCACCCUAUUCAUAUAGACAAACACCAGACCCACCUGAUACUCGCCCAGUAAAAAUAAUUAGAUAUGUUUCUCUGUCGAAAAUUCCAUCGACAGAUGAUAAAUCUUCUCAAACACUUACUGAUCAAGAGUUGGAAAGACAACAAUCUUUGGUCGUUCAGUCAAGUUAUGCUCCAAAUACAUCCGCAUCAAAUAAUUACUUUUCAGAUUCUCGGAAUCUUCGCAGAUACAGGUCAGCUAACUCAUUUUCAUCACCUGAAUUGCCUGAACCAAUAAAACCAACAACUAUUGUAUCAAGACAGUCAAGUUUCUCUUCACCAUCGCCGGCAUGGAAAAACAGAGAGAUCAUCCCUGUAAAUGCUCACGAUGGCAGUAUGAAUAAGAAUACAGAUUCAUACGAUCCAGAAGUAUGCAUCAAAAAGAAACUUUCACAGGGUGCAAACCAUUAUAUUUAUAUUACACAUGGGAGAAAUUCACCUUAA